CGCGCAGCUUUUCGCCCGGCGGGAUUUCCGCAAUAUCAAGUAUGGCGAAGACGUACGAUUAUUUGUUUAAGUUACUGCUAAUCGGAGACUCCGGUGUCGGCAAAACCUGCGUGCUGUUCAGGUUCUCAGAGGAUGCUUUUAACUCGACAUUCAUCUCUACCAUAGGCAUUGACUUUAAGAUUAGAACGAUAGAGCUAGACAACAAGAAGAUAAAGUUACAGAUAUGGGACACAGCAGGGCAGGAGCGAUUUCGAACAAUCACAACAGCAUACUACAGAGGCGCGAUGGGUAUCAUGCUAGUCUAUGACAUCACCAACGAGAAGUCCUUUGAAAACAUAAAGAACUGGAUACGGAAUAUAGAGGAGCAUGCAUCGGCUGAUGUUGAAAAGAUGGUCCUCGGUAACAAAUGUGACAUCAAUGACAAACGGCAGGUGUCCAAAGACCGGGGAGAGAAACUGGCGCUGGAGUACGGUAUUAAGUUCAUGGAGACUAGUGCAAAGGCCAACAUCAACGUGGAAAACUCGUUUUUGACACUUGCCAGAGACAUCAAAUCAAAGAUGGACACAAAAUUGGAGGGCAGCAGUCCUCAGGGGAGCAGCCACAAGGUGAAGAUCUCUCAGCCCCAGAAGAAGAGCAGCUUCUUCCGCUGUGCCCUACUGUGAGGACCAGACCAUGGGUGUAUACCAAAUGGCCCACUAUUCCAUAUAUAGUGUGCUAUGUUUGACCAGGGCCCAUAGAACUCUAGUCAAACGUAGUGCACUAUGUAGGGAAUAGGGUGCCAUUUGGGAUGCAUACCAAAGGCCUUACCUACCCUCCGCCUGCCCUGGCUGGGAUAUGCUGGGGUGCUGGCUGGACACAACUGGACUGUGCUUGUUCCCAGCACCCCCCUCUCCUUCUACCCUAUUCCCUUCAGCCAGUCCCAAUUCACUCCCCACCUCUUCCCCUCGGCCCUAACCCUUAGAUGUUUGUGUAUCUGAAGUGUUUGAAUAGAUAUAUGCAGUUGUUUACACCUUGCAUAUACAGCGAGCUCCAAAAGUAUUGGGACAGUGACACAUGUUUGGUUGUUUUGUCUCUGUACUCCAGCACUUUGGGUAUUUGUGCACCUGUCAUUCUUCUUUCACUUGUCAUUAUUCACGAUUCAUUCAGGACUAUCCGUAAUCAUGGUAGCAUCCACAUUUAAUGUAGAUACGUUAAGAAACAUUCUAUUGUUAUUUACAAUAACAGUGACUGAAAAAAAUAGCACAAUAACAAACAGCAAAUGCAUCCAACAAAUCUGUAGAAUCACAAGCUUGACGUAGUCAUUGUGUGCUAUGAAUAUGUGAUGAAAUACUUCACUUUUAAUUACGUUAAUACAUGUAUAAGUGAAUUUGUCCCAAUACUUUAGUUCCCCUAACAUGGGGUGGGACUAUGUACAAAAAGUGCUGUAAUUUCUAAACGGUUCACCCGACAAUGAAAAUACCCUCAAAUGAAAGCUGACAGUCUGCGCUGGAGUACCGAACCUGAACAACCAAGAAUGUGUCACUGUCCCGAUACUUUUGUAGCUCGCUGUCCGUGAACAUCGAAGACUUGGGGCCAAUGGUAAUUGGUAAGGAGAUAAUUAGGACAAGUUGCCUCUUGCGCUCUCUCUCCCUCACUGUCCAUCUCUCCCAACGUCACGCCCUGGGGUAGCUGGAGUACGGUAACCGCGACUCCAUCCACAAUGGCCCCGUGACACCUGGUAAUGCUGCUGUCCUACCUGCGGCACACCAACCUCCUGUUUUCUCUCACCACGGGUCGGACAGACAGACCAACCGGUGGAAACACCACUUGUUUUUUAAGAAGGUUCAAAUGACAUGUCACACAGAAAAGCUCUUCUUCCUGUUUCACACUAGUCUCUAUGUACAUACAUGUUUCACAUGCAGCCACCUGGCUCCACACCUGCCAAAGUUGGAGCCCCGUUUACUUUUCAGUUCGAAUCGCUUGAAUGACCCAAAGGUUUGGGAUUGGGAACAUGAUGCGUGGAUGUUUAGAUACUAUUUGUAGGCCUCUCUUCCCCUAGCCACAUUGUUAACAUGAGCCAGAGACUAUUUGUAGGCCUCUCUUCCCCUAGCCACAUUGUUAACAUGAGCCAGAGACUAUUUGUAGGCCUCUCUUCCCCUAGCCACAUUGUUAACAUGAGCCAGAGACUGAUAAGCUUAUUUUUUUGAUGAAAGAGUUUUUAAAUGAAUAUAAUAUGACUUGAAUAUUCACAAUCCUUCAGGAAAGAUUGAUCGCUAAAUAAUUUAAUUACGCAGACUAAAAGAAAAUUCAAUUUGAAUGAUAUUCCGUUUUGUUUACAUUCCAAGAUAAUAAUUUGAUGCUAUUCUAUACAUGAGAGGCUUGCAACAGGCCUCUCUUCCUGGACAAAGUUAUUGUACUGAAUCCAAGUGUUUGACUUGUUUACUGCCAGUCCCAGAUGUUGUCUUGAGAACAAACACACAGCCUCUUAACCAUAGUGCUGCAGCACCACCUGAAAAAUUUGAAUUUAAAAAUAUAUUUAGACUUUUUUUAUAUACAUACAGUACCAGUCAAAAUUUUGGACACCUACUUAUUCAAGGGUUUUUCAUUAGUUGUGCUAUUUCUUUCUACGUUGUAGAAUAAUAGUGAAGACAUCAACAUGUCAUGUUAUUUCAUAGUUAUGUAGUAACCAAAAAAAUUGUUAAACAAAUCAACAUAUAUUUCAGAUUUUUUAAAUUAGCAACCCUUUGCCUUGAUGACAUCUUUGCACACUGUUGGGAUUCUCUCAACCAGCUUCACCUGGAAUGCUUUUCCAACAGUCUUGAAGGAAAAGUACUAAGCACAUGUUGGCUGCUUUCUUUCACUUUGUGGUCCAAUUCAUCCCAAACCAUCUCAGUUGGGUUGAGGUCGGGUGAUUGUGGAGGCCAGGUCAUCUGAUGCAGCACUCCAUCACUCUCCUUCUUGGUCAAAUAGCCCUUACACAGGCUGGAGGUGUGUUGGGUCAUUGUCCUGUUGAAAAACAAAUCACAGUCACGCUAAG